AUGUACGCCAAAACCGCCCUCAUUGCCGCUCUUGCCGGCUCAGCCGCUGCCAUCAUCGACAUCAGACCGGAGCGUAUCCGCCGGGAUGUGCUCCCUCGUCAAACUUCUAAUCCCACCGCCGACCCGUGCAUCAACGCCCUCGGCACAGUCUACGCCAAUGCGCCUACUCCUCCCCCCAAGAUCGUCUCCUACGAGAUGACCGCUCCUCCCCAGACCAACCCAUGCAGCGUCACCGUCCCCGCGGAGCUCAGCGCCGACUACUCCAGUUACACCUCGGCGGUCCUCAGCUGGGUCGAUGCCAACUCGGCUUCCAUUGCGUCUGCAAUGUCUGUGUGCUCCACACUCACUGACCUUACGGCCGAGAUCCCUGUCUGCACGGCCACCGGAGGUGCUGCCGCCUCCGGUUCUUCGUCUCCCACGGCCACGGAUGAUGGCGACUCGCCCAGCGCGACUGGGAAGGCAACCGGAUCCGCGACCGGUGCCGGUGGCAGCAACCCCACUGGUACUCGCAACAGCCCUUCGCAGGUCACUCCUAAUGCCGGACCCCGUGAGACCGGCAUGGUCGCUGCGGCGGUUGUUGCGGCCGGUUUCAUUGGUGUCGCUGCUCUCUUGUAA